UUGACAUCAAAGUACUAAAGAAAAUUUGAUCGUAACUAUAAAUAAUUAAUUUUAUCAAUUUAACAAUUUUAUCGUUAUGUUUAUUUUGAAGAAAUACGCUUUACCAAAUCUGGCGCAUUUUCGUAAAAUUUCACGAACGGCGAUACUGAGUAGCGACGAGCUGGUCGUUCACAGGGACUCUGAGGAUAACAACGAGACAACGCCUUUCGAGUUCACCGACGCCAACAUGAUUAGACUACAGGCGAUAAUAAAAAACUACCCAAUUGGUUCGGCACGGUCCGCGCUGGGCGCCGCAUUGGAUCUCGUACAGCGCCAGAUGGGCUGGGUCCCGAUAUCCGCCAUGCACAAGGUUGCGGCUAUACUUGGCGUACCUAGAAUGAGGGUCUACGAAUACGCUACAUUUUACACCAUGGUCAAAAGGUCUUUCAAAGGCAAGUACCACGUGAAGGUGUGCACGACAACGCCGUGCAUGAUCAUGGGAUCGGACACGAUCCUGCAGGCCGCGGAGCAGGCGUGCGGGUGCACGGCGGGCCACGUGUCCGACGACGGGCUAUUCGGCGUGGAUAAAGUGCAAUGCGCGGGCGCGUGCGCGAAUGCGCCGGUGCUCAUCGUAGAAGAUGAUUAUUACGAAGACGUUACGGUGUGUGAUGUUGCGGAGAUUAUUUGUACCAUAAGGAACGGCGGAAUACCUCAAGCUGGACCUCGGAGUGGCAGAUUUGCCGCGGAACCCAGCUGCGGGUUAACAAGCCUCUGCAGUGAGCCACCCAAACCUGGCUACUUCGUGCAGCCUGCGCUGCUAAAAUAAAUAUCUUGAACACAAAGUAAAU